AUGAUAGAAGUAAAGAAUGAAGAACCUGACAUUCUCAUUGGCUCAAACGUCAUCUCAAUUUUAAACCUAAAAGUAAUUAAACAUCUACCAAAUGGAUUCGCUAUCUACGACUCAAGAUUAGGGCCCAUGAUAGGUGGUAGUGGAUAUGUUGAACCGCAAUUCGUCCAGAAUUUGGAACGCCAAUCACAUUCUGUCCUUGUUGGAACCGUUCAACUCAAAGCUGAGAACUUGUGGGACCUAGAUCGCAUUGGAACCGAUAUUCAGAAUGAAUCUGUGGAAGACGUAGAAAAAGCCAUGAUGCUUGUUGAGCGAUCUAUAACACGACUAAAAGAUGGGCGCUAUAGUGUAGGAUGGCCUUGGAGGACAGAGCAACCAAAUUUAACAAAUAACUUUGGACUCUGUGUUGGACGUUUACAAUCGGUUUUACGACGCCUUAGGAUGCAUUCUGAACAUAUGGCACAGUAUAACGCAAUUAUUCAGCAACAGCUUCAAGAGGGAAGCAUCGAGUUAGCUCCGAUCGAACCUACGGGACCGUUCGUAAAUUCUGUAUCAUCGCCCUUCUUACUCGCCUCUGUCAUUCGACAUCAUCUUUCGCAAUGUAGCUCUCGGUGGAGUUCCAAAAUAGCGUCAAAUAUUUAUGUAGAUAAUGUCCUGCUACUUUUGGAAACAGAAGAGGAAGCACUCGAAGCGUAUCAAGAAUCAAAACAAAUUUUUUUAUCAGCUAAAAUGAAUUUGCGCGAUUACAUUUCAAAUUCCAUAUUCGUCAGUGAAAAGAUCAGACCUGAGGACCGUUAUCCCAAGCAGAAAGUCAAAUGCCGUUCUGAAGAGCUUGAAUGGCACAUUUUUACAGACGCCUCUUCUCGUGCAUAUUGCGCAGCUGUUUAUGCGCGUUCAAAAACUGACAAUGCUUCUCCAAGUUCGCUCAUUAUUUCGAAGUACCGCAUAUCUCCAAUUCAAGGGUUUACCAUACCCCGCUUGGAGCUCUUAGGAGUUUUGAUCGGUUGCGACAGCAAAUGCGUUCUUCCUUGCAUCGAAGCAGAAAUCGAUGACCGUCUACCACGCUUUGUUAAAAAUCGCCUCAAAGAGAUAAAAAAAGUAGCAAAUAUCACAUACAGGUACAUAACCACUGCUGAGAACCCAGCAGUUCUGGCAACACGCGGACUGUCUCCAUCGAUGCUUUCCGCAUCAGUCCGGUGGUGGAACGGUCCAGAUUGGCUUUCUAAAACUCGUUCAAAUUGGCCUUGUUUUGAAGCAUCCAAAACGGAUCCCAUUCAGUCAGAGCAGUUUAUCAGUGCUGCUGUUAGUAAUCCUACUCAAAUUUCACGCAGCGUUAAUCCAGCAGAACAUUUCAGUUCGUGGAAUACGCUUAUUGACACAACUGCAUAUGCACUGCGUUUCCUCCGUAAAAUUGCACGCGCGCCUGCUACUUGGCUUGCACCUAUCUCUAAAUGUGGGGCACUCCAAGUAAAAGAUCGGAAGAUUGCACAAAACUGUUUGUUUCGCCAAGCACAACGCCACAUCAGAGAAAAAAAAGUGAUUAAAUGGGUUUUGUUCCUAGAUGAGGACAAAUUCUGGCGUUGUGGCGGUCGUCUUACGACAACGAGAUUGCCACAGCAGGAAAAACAUCCAAUAUUUCUACCGCGACAGAGUCGAAUAACACAGCUUUUACUUUUACACGUGCAUCAGUCGCUGUUGCAUAGUGGUGUUCCAACAACCUUAGCCCAAUUUUGCAAAUUAUGUUGGACCCCCCCACGAGCGCCGUACAACAAAACUAGUAAUACAGAGGAUGUGUAUGUACUGUCGUCGGUGGACCGCAAAACGUUUUAA